AUGACCCCAACCCCCAACAACACUCAUGCCCCCAGACCCCCAACAACACCCACACCCCCAGACCCCGACAACAUCCACACCCCCAGACCCCUGACAAUACUUACAGCCCCAGACCCCCAAUACCUACAACCCAAGAACCCCAACACCUAUACCCCCAGAACCUCAACAACACGCAUGCCCUCAACCCCCAAAAAUACCUAUACCCAAGACCCCCCAAAACACCUACGCCCCCAGACCCCCAAAGGCACCCAUUCCCUGAACCCCAAAAGGUGCCCACACCUCCAGAUCUCCAAUGCUGUCCUCCAGGAGGCCCGGGGCACCGGCACGGUCACAAGUGUGGACAUCCACCUCCAGCCCAUCUCCAAGCAAGAGAGCGUGACCAAGGUGGAACUGGCAGAUGGAAAGGUCAAGUUUGAGCCCCCCCCCGGGGCAUUCCAAGAAGAGCGAGGCCGUUUCCUCCCGCCCCAGCCCUUCAAACAGAAGGACUGGGGUGGCGUGUGUCGCCUCCUGACGUGGGCACUGGACUUCGGGUACCUGACCCAGGACAUGAUUGAUGACUACGAGCCGGCCCUCAUGUUCAGCAUCCCCAGGCUGGCCAUCGUAUGUGGCCUCGUGGUCUACGCAGACGGCCCCCUGAACCUGGACCGCAAGGUGGAAGACAUGUCCGAGCUGUUCCGGCCCUUCCACACGCUGCUGCGGAAAAUAAGGGAUUUGCUCCAGACGCUGACGGAGGAGGAGCUCCACACGCUGGAACGGAACCUCUGCAUUUCCCAAGACGUGGAGUUCCCCAUCCGCGCCGACGUGCCGGGGCCCGCUGCCCUGGCACCUGCCCUCUCUGCUCCUCUCCCGCCCGAGGGGCCACUCUCAGCCAAGGCCAAAGACCCAGAUGCAGAGCUGGCCUGCUCCAUGCAGUACGACGACCAGGAGCUGGAACAGCUCAGCCGCAUGGUCCACAGGGCGGGGGACGAGAUGUCCUCUCUGCUGUCACCACCCAGUGCCUGCCAGUCCCCUGCACACAGGCCGGGACCCGAGGGCAGCCCGGGCCGGGAGGCCUCUCCAGGCAGAGUGCGCCUGCGGUCGGGCAGCGAUGAGGAGGAUCGAGUGUUCUUCAUGGAUGACGUGGAGGGGUCGGCAGAAGCCCCGGCCAGGCCCGAGUCCCCAGGUGGCCGAUUUGGGUGGGCCGGCAGUGCCCAGGCCGACCGCCAGGAGAAAGGGCAGGGCGGUCCGGGCGGCGCAGCGGGGGUGGACAUGGCCGCCUCGGAAAAGGAGCAGGACUUGACCAACAACAACCACCCCGAGGCCCAGGGCGCGGGCAAGGCCAGCCUCGCGGGCUCCAGCUCCUGCAGCUGCCUGGACUCGCGGCUGCGCCUGGACGGCUGGGAGGCGGGUGCCGACCACGCCGAGACGGCAGAGAUGAUCGCCCACCGGACGGGGGGCAUGAAGCUCUCGGCCACGGUCAUCUUCAACCCCAAGUCGCCCAGCUCCUCAGACUCUGCCGUCGCCACCCAGGAGACCGCCUCGGAGCCCAUGGCCGGGGGGGUGGAUGGCGGCCCCCACAAGCUUAGCGCUGCAGCCACCAACUGCCUCCUGCAUUCCUGCGUGUGCUGCGGGAGCUGCGGGGACAGCAGGGAGGACAUGGUGGAGCGUCUGCAGAAGUGCAGCCCGGGAGGCGUCAUUGGCACCUCGUAUGCUGCCGGCUUAGCCAAGGCCAGCGACGGGGCUGCUGAAGGACAGGGGGAGGCGCCCCCACCCGCGGAUGAUGCCUCCGACGGGCAGGAGCCCCAAGCCCCCACUUCCAACAAGUGCCUGCCUCCCACCUCAGGUUCCCAAGUGGACACAGCGAAUGGGCCGCCAGGAGAGGCCAGGGCUGCAGGUCAGCCGGAGCCCGAGGCCAGAGAGCUGGAUGCUGGGAGCCCCUUGGCCCAGGAGGCGCCUCAGCCCCUGUUGGGCUCCAGGUAAGAGCCAGUCUGGCCCAGGGACUGGGCUGGUCCUCUCUGCACUGGGGGCAGGUGCUGGCGCGUUCACCAGUCAUUGCAGUGUUUCCACCUGGGCUGUCUGGG